UUCGAAGGUCGUGAGCUUCAUGUGACGUCGAAUCAUCACCUUUAGACAGAAGGCCCCAUCUGUCAAUUUUCACGCCUUCACGGCACUUUCCAAAAACAGUUCCCUACCGAAUCUAAUCAUACAAAAGGUUGUUCCAGCUGUUGCUACCAUACGAAAAUCCCCUCGACUCCAGGUAUUUCAUCUCAUAUCCUUAUAUCCGCAUUCGUUACCUGCAAUGGGUCUUCUCGACAAUACUUUUGGUGCAUUCUUAAUCGGGGUUGUCAUCUCUGCCACCCUUUACGGUGUCACUUGCGUGCAGACAUGGUACUACUACAGCCGCUACCCCUCGGACCCUUGGUACAUCAAGCUCUUAGUUGGCGCAGUGCUUCUAUCUGAUUCGGUUCAUCAAGCUCUCAUUACGCAUACAGUGUAUACUUAUCUUGUUACUGACUUUGGCGUCCCUGCUGACCUCGGCAAACUUGUCUGGAGUUUGAUCGUCGAAGUAUUGUUCAAUGGCUUCACUGCACUUAUCGUUCAAAGCUUCCUUACCAUGCGGGUAUAUAGACUAAGCAACAAGAGUAUAGUUGCGACCCUCUCUGUACUGUCCCUUGUCUUUGGUGAAUUUCUCCUUGUUGUCAUAUACGUUGCGAAGGCUAUCAAUAUGACGACAUUCGUAGAACUCGCCACGCUCAAGCCAUUGUCCAUGUCUGUAAAUGCCUUAGCAGCCGCUGGAGACGUCCUCAUCGCCGCAUUGCUCUGCACACUCCUUCAACAAUCUCGCACUGGAUUCCGGAGGUCCGACAACAUGAUCAAUAAGCUGAUUCUAUUCAGCAUCAACACCGGUCUCCUCACCAGCAUUUGCGCGGUCAUGUCCCUCGUUUCUAUUACAGUGUGGGAUGGUACUUUUAUUUAUAUCGCAUUUUAUUUCUGCUUGGGCCGUCUUUACUGCAAUUCGCUGUUGGCGACCCUUAACGCACGCAAGAGUCUUCGUGGUGAUACCCGGGACGAUAACAUGUCGCUCUCGCUUCAGGGAAUCCAGAAGACCUCUAAUAGCAUUGGUACUUCGCAAAAGCGGGCUCCGAAUAACAUCUCGAUUAAAAUUGAUACCACGCAGGAGUACGUUCGAGAUGAGGCCGUUUAGUCGGUUCGGGCAUGAGUGCCACGAGGACGAUGAGAAGCGUGAAAUGUACCACCCCAUACUUUUGGUG